AUGGGCCCAUACGGAUUCUCCAACGAGAGCCUCGGCCGGAAGACGGCGUGGUGGAGCCCGAAAGGGUGGACGAAGAGGAUCUGGGCCGGCGUCGGCGGAGGCGUCGUCCUGAUCAUCAUCGUCGUCGUCGCCGUCACCGUCAUGCUGCAAAACAAGAACCAGGUCGUCGUCGCCCGUUGCGCGAGCCUCUGGCUGAUGAUGACAGACUCGGGAGAGGCCUUUUUCGACAAGUUCAACUACUUCAACACUUACGAUCCAACGGGAGGAAUGGUCCACUACGCCGGCGCCGCGGAGGCCAAGAGCAGGAACCUCACCUACGCCACAUCGGACACCGCCGUCCUGAGGGUGGACGACACCGUCGGCCCGACGUCGACCCCGGACGCGUCAACCGGCCGGUCCUCGGUCCGCGUCGAGUCCAAGACGCAGUACAACAAGGGCCUCCUCGUCUUCGACGUGAAGCACACGCCCUACGGCUGCGCGAGCUGGCCGGCGCUGUGGUUCACGGACCCCGACAACUGGCCCGAUGCCGGCGAGAUCGACGUCAUGGAGGCCGUCAACCAGGGCACCGACGGCAACCAGAUGACGCUGCACACGACGUCGGGGUGCGCCAUGGACGUCAAGCGCAAGCAGACGGGCCAGACGCCGCACACGGACUGCAAGAACUCGACCAACAGCAACGCCGGGUGCGGCGUCGAGGGCCCCGCGUCGACGUACGGCACCGGCUUCAACGACGGCGGCGGCGGCUACGCGGCCAUGGAGUGGCGCGACGAGGGCAUCCGCGUGUGGCAGUUCUCGCGCAGCUCCGUGCCGCCCGACGUCACCGGCCAGGCGCCCGACCCGAGCGGCUGGGGCGAGGCCCUGGCCGACUUCCCCAACACGUCGUGCGACGUGGGCUCCCACUUCCGGAACCAGUCGCUCAUCAUCAACAUCGACGUCUGCGGCGCCCUCGCCGAGGCCAAGUACGCCGAUUCGGGCUGCGGCGGCGGCGCCAGCUGCGCUGAGUUCCAGGCCAACAACCCGGACGCCUUCAAGACGACCUACUGGGAGUUUGGGGCAUUUAACUUUUACACGGCGUCGUAG